GACAGAUGUUACUGUUCCAGCAGAGAGUUGUGUUGCUGAGAACACAACAGGUGUUCCAAUCCCACCUACCCAGGAGAAGGGCAGCAGCAAGAGGCGGGGCUCCCCGACAACAAUGGUUUCAGCAUGAACCGACCAGGGAAAGAUAAAGAGGCCCAGUACACAAAACGAUGACCAGAACCAGGACCAAACCGACACCCCCCUUCUACCCCAUCCCUUGUAGGUGGAGCCAGCCACUCAGCUGAGGUGGUUGUGUUGCUUUGGUAUUGGGUUGGGGAGUUGUCUCCGCUGCCAUUUCUCCUCGGGUUUGGUGGGGGAGCCGGGCACCCCCCAUAUAUAGUUUUGCUUUCUGCAUUCCCAAACCUCAUUGGCUGUAGUCGUACCUGAGCACAGGUGCCAGCUCACCUUUGCAAAACCAUAAUACGUGCAAAACUGUAACUUAGUACGUUUUCUUACUAAAAAAACAAACAUUUCAUUUUCAGACGUUUUCCUAUAAAGCAGAAGAAGUAAACAAAAUGUCCAAAUGUUUACAUUUAAUGGAGUUCUGUAAAUGUUUUCUUCAAAAAUAGUCCAGUUAAGGACUUUUUCUUAAAUGAAAACAGUUCAGAUGGAAUGUUUAAAAAAAAACUCAGAUGUGAAAGUUAUCAAACUCAACUAAAUAAUCCACAUGAGAACAUUUCUGUGUCCAUUCACCGUUUUUAUUAGACAAACCUGUUGUGUAAGCAUCAGCAUUUCAGUGUAUGCUUCAGGCUGUGGGUCAUGUGAUCUGCUGAUGUUUCUGUCUUCUGGAUGUCUCUUCAGUCUGGAGCUGCAUUCAGUGGAGAGGUGGUGAGUCUCUGUCUCCUUUCUUAAUGUUAUUGUGUCAGAAUUGGAUUUGUAACCACGCUGUUUUUAUCGAUGACACUAUUGUCAUAAAUGUGGACAGUCGGUGGAUGAUGACUGCCAGGAGCAGGCAUGCUUUUACUUUGAAGGCUUGAAGGCCAAUUUGAGACUUCAGGAGUAAAUUUGAUGAAACAAACAUCAGGUUGAAGUUUAAAUCUGGUUUAAGAGUCCUGGUGGCUUCAGGGAUGUUCAGGGUGUGGCAUUGUAGUGUUUGUUUAAGGACCCUUCAGUGUCUCAAAGAAAUUAAGCAAUUUUUAUUUGAAGAACAUUUUUAUAAACAAUUUUAUUGUGAGUACAGUUGAGUUUAUCUUGGAAUCUAAAAUUUAACUUUGAUUUCUAAGAAAAAAAUAUUCAGAGAUUCUGAUUGUUUAUCUUAAUGUUUUUGUCUAUUAUUUUUUCUUUUUUAUCAUUUUGUUUUUGUUGGUCAUUUUGUAAUCUGAUAAAUGAUUGUUGAUGUUGGAUUCAUUCAAAUUAGUUCAAAGCUUCUUGGAAAAAGUUUGAUUACGUAAGAUUGUCUUCCUGCUGAUUUUCUCUAUUACUCCUUUAUGUGUUCUUUUCCGAUUUUGGAAAAAAAUAUUUAUAUUCUACUGUUUCUUCCAGUCAUUGAGGUUGAACUGACAGCAGACUGAUCUAGAACUGAUCAAUCGACCGAUCAUCUUCAAUUAUUGAUCACUUUCUGCGUCAUGGAGCGAAAACUGGAUCUUUCCCGCCUGACAGAUGAAGAGGCCAAACACGUGUGGGAGGUGAUCCAGCGUGACUUCAACCUCCGCAAGAAAGAGGAGGAAAGGCUUGGUGAACUGAAGAUCCAGAUCGAGAAGGAGGACACAAAGAGGGAGCUGCUGGGCUCCCAGAACAGAGUGUCUGACUCCCUCUGCAUCCGUUGCCUUCAGCCCUUCAAAUUCCUCGUGAACAGUAAGCGCCAGUGUCUGGACUGCCGCAUGUACACCUGCAAGUCCUGCAGCCGCUACAAUAAGAAGGAGCGCGGCUGGGUGUGUGACAACUGCCGAAUGACAAGAGUGUUGAAGAUUGGGACUUUGGGUUGGUAUCAUGACAACGUCAGGAACCGCUUCAAACGAUUUGGGAGUGCCAAAGUGAUGAGGUCCCUUUACAAGAGGCUGAACGGGGAAGGUGGUCGAGAUGACGAUACUCAGAGCAUGCCGGAUGUCCGCAGCCAUGUGUACAACGGUAAUGAGGAGGAUGCUGGAGAGGGGGAGGCUCAACGCUACAAAAUGAUGAGGAAGAACAAGCGCCUACUGUCUGUCCAUCCCAUGGAUUUUGACUCAGAGGAAUAUUUUCUUCAUUCACGUCGUCCAUCUAUGCAACAGAUGCAGGAGGAUCGAUAUUACAGGAAUGAUGUGGACUACGACAAUUACAACCACCGUGCCAACCGCAGGAGGAGUCUGGAUCGGUAUGCCAUGAGAGCAGAGGAUCAUGCAGAGAACCGGAUGGUCCGAACGCGCUCUCUGUCUAAAAUCAGCUCAUCCGUGGCCCGUCAGCAGUAUGUGGACACCUCGGAUGAGGAAGAGUACCAACGAUGCCCACCGAUGUACCAGCAGCCCCCCCACCGUCGCAGGAACAGCAGAACCACCUCUCAGGAGAACUUGGGCCAGGCCCCACCUAUAAAUGAGCUGAACAAGCGAAUGUCUGCCAUCGAGAGCCUACUGAGCCGACUGGAGGAAAAGAUGACCCCUGCUGAUGAGGCAGUGUCUGCUCAGAAUGAGGAGGAGAAACUCAGGCGGAAGCUGAGCGAGCUUGCGGGGACCCUGAGCGACAAGGGCCUGUCGUCGGACGACGAGCCCGGGAAGAAGUCCUCCUUGGCCCUGAAAGGUCACAGCGGCUUGAGGGGUGGUCCAAUGGCCCCUCUGAUGGCUCUGAAGGACAAAGAAUUGAGCUCGUCCAGCGACGAGAUGCCCACCGAGACUCAGAAGAGAUCCGCCGCCGCCGCCCUCUGUGACCUCACCACUGAGGUCCUGAGAACCAUAAAUGCCACAGAAAACGCAAUGGUCGAGUACGGCCUCUCAGAGCCGAUCGAUAGAUCCUACUUAGUCGGCACUGAUGUAAAGCAGGCCGAUGAUGCUUUCAGGGAACUUGAGGAAAAUGUGUACAUCACAGCUGGUCAGUCCUAUGAUCUGGAGACCAAGCUGCGGAGGCUGGAGAAGAGCGCCAAAAAUAGAUUUGGAGGCACCACAGACUCAGAACUCUCUGAGCUGGAGGAUGUGGUGGCGCUGACUGCCGCCAGGGUGCAGAGUGCUGAGAGCGAGGUCUCCGACAUUGAGAGUAAACUUGCUGCUCUGAGUGCCACCAGCUCCAAGAAGAAGGUACGUCUGAACCAAAAACCCUCCAGAACC